GGGGCACUGGAUGACCAUAACUAAACAAUGUCUGUCCCACGUGGAGCUGUCCAUGCAAAAUGGAUAGCAGGGAAAGUAAUAGGAACCAAAAUGCAGAAGACUGCCAAAGUGAGAGUGACAAGGCUUGUGCUAGAUCCUUACUUACUAAAGUUCUUUAACAAACGAAAAACCUAUUUUGCCCAUGAUCCAUUGCAACAGUGUGUUGUUGGAGACAUUGUUCUUCUGAAAGCUUUGCCUGAGCGAAGGAGCAAACAUGUGAAACAUGAACUGGCUGAAAUUGUUUUCAAGGUUGGAAAUGUUAUAGAUCCAAUAACAGGAAAGCCCUGUGCAGGAACCAGAUUCCUUGAAAAUCUGUCAGAUUCAGAAAACCUGACAGAGGCAGAUACUACCUAUCUAAGUGAAAAACUUCAGGAACUUAAAGUUUGUUCAACAGACAAAUAGUGGAGAAAAUAUUUAAACAGAGGGCUUUUCAGCUUGUCUCUGUCAGGGAUGUUUGGGGCCCUGCUGUUGUAUGUUCAAUGUUUCUGUGAAAUCCGUAGUCAAAAUAAAUAGUAAACUUUGCUUAUAAGAACAGAAGUUACAGAUUGAUAGGCAUCUCAAAUAUUUACAUGAAAAUACAGAGAAAAAUGUG